AUGGGCUCUUACUCCGACCCAAGCCCUGCAUGGCGCCACCUCAAUGUGGGUGUUGUCGGCGGCGGUAUUGGUGGCAUGUCUGUUGCUAUUGCUCUUCGUCGUGCUGGCCACAGUGUGACCAUCUACGAGAGAAAUGACUUCGCUGGGGAGGUUGGAGCAUCAGUAUCCUGCGCUGCCAAUGGAGCCCGUUGGCUACACGAGUGGGGUGUCGACGUCGAGCAGGGCGACCCCGUCGUUCUGAAGAAACUCAUCAACAGGGGCUGGAACACGGGUGAGCCGUGCGAGAAUAUUGACCUCAAAGCUGGUCUUGUCACCUUCGUGAACGGCCAUACAGCUCGACAUGACCUCAUCAUUGGCGCCGACGGAAUCGGUUCGGUAGUGCGCCGACUUAUUGGCCUCACUCCAGAUAAAAAGCCAGCAGACUCUUCCUGUCUCCAUGCUAAUGUGCGGACAGAAGACGCUGUUCGUCUAGGCCUCGUUGACUAUUCAAAGAAUGCGGCACUAGAGUACUGGGGUGGGCAAGAGGGCAAGUGGGACAAGAUUGUGCUCAGCCCAUGCAACGGUGGCAAGUUAUUGUCCUACUACUGCUUCUUCCCACGUGAAGCUGGCGACUACACCAGUCAAAGCUGGGGCGGCGACGAUAGACCAGUCGGAGAGCUGCUGGCUCCGUAUCCGCAACUAGACAAGCAAGUUAGAGAUCACCUCGCCAUCAGCACCGAGAUUCAACCGUGGCGGCUGUGGAUACACCAACCGUAUCCUUACAUCGUCAAGGACACAACAUGCUUGCUCGGCGAUGCGGGCCAUCCGAUGUUCCCACAUCAGAGCCAAGGCGCCUGUAUGGCCAUUGAAGAUGCUGCCGCACUAGGCAUAUUGUUCAGCAAGCCGUACUUCAACGGCGACGUCACUGAGGCCCUGGGGGUGUAUCAGAAGAUCCGCCUACCACGAGCUACCAAGGUUCAAGCCGCUGCAGCAAAAGCUGCGGUUAACAUCAACGAAAGAAUCGGAUUCUCCAGUAAUACAAAUUUCAAGGGGUACAAGGUUGCAGAUGAAAAGCAAAAACUAACAAUCGAAGAGAUGAAUGCAUAUGAUAUGUACAAGGAUAUCGAGGAGAUUUUGGCCGAACAAAGGCACACAUCAUACACUGACAAGUACAUUAAGGGGCUGCCAGUUGGUUUGAAAAUGUCAAACGGUGUCACAGUUGGGAAGGAUUAA